AUGAACUCAACUGUGCUGAUUAUUACCAUCUCCCAGCGAGUGGACCCGGAGAUUUGGCAUAUCAAUGUCCAAUACAAUGCGUGUCAAAUGCAUGUCUCGGACGGAAGUAAAUCGAAACAUGCUUCCGGAGAUUCAACCAGUCUAGAUCUGGAAGACGAACAAUUAAGAAGUGAUCCAAGACCUUCAAAGCAGGUCACAAAGUGUGACGAAAAUUCGGGAAAAUUGGUUACACAAUUGGGGACGGAGGAAGUUUUACCUCGGAUCAAGGCUCAAAGGUGGCAACAUUCCUCGGAAAACCCCACUCUGGAAGACAAUUACAAGCCUUCUGUUAAAAGUUGCAACACCUACUUGGAUCAUUCCGAAGCAGACAAAUCCAGCGGAUUCAAGAAAAAAGGGAUCGGAAAGGUUGCUGCCAUUGUGAAGGUAUCUCUCGAAGAGCUGAUCAAACAACCGGAUACCAUGAACCUGGACUCUUGUUGUAAAAAGGGUGCCAAUUCUCCAGCGGUUCAAGAGCAGCCAGACAUAAGGAGGCAGGUUUGUGCAGCAUUCACUCGUACAGAGAAGAGACAUGACCAAAACGGUAAGCGAACCACCGAUAAAUGGUUACCUGUCUCAGCGGACGCAUUCGAGAUAGCUUCGGUGGGCUGUGAGAAAAGCAGUGCAUCUACACCACGGGCAGUCAAGAACUUUGAGUACACAUCAAAAGGAGCCCACAACUCACUUCGAAUGGACCUCCCACAGUUAGCGAGACGAAAAGUGCACAGGAAAAAGGCUACGGCAGCGGAGUUAUCUGGAACUUUUGAAUCAUUAGUACCUGUAAGGCGUCGGCCAAUAUUUAAAGCAACACCACUAUCGGAAAUUGAAUGUUCAAAUGCUCUAAACGACAGCCUAUAUCUAAACACCCAGGGGAAAACAGCUAGGGAUCAAAUGUCAGUUGAAAAAAACACGUCUCAGGCACAUCAACCGGAUUCAAACAACCUGCACAAUCUUAAACGUUUUGAGAUGUUAGAACAAGAACAGUCGGAAAUUGUCAACCGGUUAUUGCGUAACACAGAAUGCAUGCAAGGCAAAUCAACAGCAGACCGACCACGAAAAUCUGUCAAGGUUAACGGAACCAGUGAUAAUCUAAUCAGAUCUUCAAGUGUACCUCACAAAGGUUUGGAAAACGUUUCAGGUAAUUCCAGAAGACCGCGAAGCUUUGAAAGAGCUGGGAGGCAUAUAUUUUAUUAUCGUCGACGAAUGCUUAAAAGACUGGUCAAACAAAGAUCCUGGAAGUUGUGCAAAACAACUAGCUCCACGAACCUCAUUCCUUUGAAGGAAAAGGAACAAGUUACCUGCUUAUAUACAAUGAGAACUAUAGGAGGCGUCUUCGUGCGGUUGGUUUUGGCAGCAUUUGCACUCGUCGGCCUGCUAACGACGCUGGCUUGGAUCGCAGAGAAUCAACCAAGUGUCACCGAGAACACCAUGGAAAAAGAAAUGGGUUCGCCAGUGUUUUCGUGGCUCACCAGACCGGAUAAUACAAUGUCCAUUGAGAAGAUAGUUCGAAUGUAACAACCUAGUGGGGUAAACGCUACUAAUGUCAGGGAACAAAGUCAGGCACAUAGUGAUAUCGCAACAUGAGCCCUUUUUGUAGAUAAGUUGCACGUCACUUGUGUAUACCCAUGAUCAAACUGCAUAAAUACAUCUAGCU